AUGUCGUUCCGAUUCCACAAGGGCCCUGCCCUCGUCACUCUCUUCCACGAUCAAUCCUCGCCUACGUCGAAAAAGAUCCUCAACCUCCUCUCCACCUACAAUGCGCGCCGCAACACCGUCAGGGAAGGCCAGAGGGCCGAGCCGCCGGCCAACAACCACGGCGGCGAGACGUGUGUCGUCCAGUCGCAGCUCGACUCGUCCCUCUCGCCCCCUUCACCCCCCUUUCACUCCGACGAUGGCGGCGGCAGCGGCGACACGAACCUAGGCUCGUCCGUUGGCGGUGGCGGUGGCGGCGGCGGUGGCGGUGGUGGGAGGGGAUCCGAGUACCUCCGCGAGGCCGCAUCCGACCCGACCUCGGUGCCCUUUGAGAUCGAGGUGCUCAACCGCCAGACGCAGCCGCCCACGCCAGACCAGAUGCGCAGCAUCCUCGACUACCUCGGCCGCGACCCCACUCCACCAUCCCUCGACAGCUCCCUCUCCCGCCUCGCCGCAAACACGCCCAACGCCGCCGCAGACGAGGAAAGGAGGAGGAGGCAGAUCCUCCAGUCCCACCUCGACCAGUCCAAGUCGACCGACCCAAACGGCCUGCCCCAGAUCAAGGACGGUCCCCUCGUCGUGCUCUGGGACGAGGGCUACGCCACCACCACCAUCGAGGGCGUACAGGCCAUGCUCCAGCGCAUCGAACAACAGCACAAGAACAACCCGGCCGCGUCAAACAGCGGCGGCGGCGGCUGCACCGUCAUGUAG